AUGGACCAGAAAUCUCCCUCCAAAGAGAACCGCAACUUGGUAGACGGAGUGGGAAGAGAGAAGAGAGGAGGAUCCUGCUGCUGGCGCUGGUUCCUGCAAGGCGAGCGAGGUCUGAGCCGCUGGGGACGGGAGAGCGGCCGACGCGAGGAUGAGAAACGCACCAGAAACACCAUGGGAACUGUCGGACAGGCUUCACACACUGUGAAUGGAAGCCUACUUUGGUCAACCCAUCACCCAAAGGAACGGUGCGAGAUCCGCAGAACACACACGGAAGGGGAGGACUGGAGGACGACAAGAAGGGCUGAGGAAGGUCACGAUGAAUCCGAUUCCCUGACGAGGCCCCGUGCAGACGCCGGCGUCCUGGGAUCGUGGCCAAUCAUAACUCUCGAACUGCCAAAGAGUCGCCUGAUUGGGGGUGGUUGCCCGUUUGGCCAAUGGCUUGUGGCUGCCGUUGGCUGGCUUGACCCCUGUAAGCUACACCAUUGUGUUGCACUGUUGCCCAAAGACGACGGAUCAGACGUACAACAUCGCCGUGCGCAUGUCACUGCACACCGAGCAUUCCUCGAAUUGCCCGUACAGAUCUUCCCUGCCUUUUCCCACCUCACGUGUGGGAAGCGUGGCGUGUGUCUGCAACGGUGGGGCUUACCUCAGCGGCUAGAAGAACGAGAUAAUUCACAUCUGACACUCGAGCCUCCUCGACUUACAUCAUCCCAUUGCCAAGAAGGCGUCCGCGACAUCACGAGACACGUCACCAAACUCGGUGGGACGUCAGCGACGCCGGGUUACUUAAAGCGCGUCGUCACCACACAGCCUUUACCCGCCGACGUGCCCGAAAUCGAAGAAGCCCGGGUUGGACUCCCGUCUCGUACGGAAGACACACCACGAACACCGGAGCACCAUACAGAUGGAGAAGUCGACUUCGACGCUGAGCUCCAAGCCCCAUCAUGGCAUGAUCCGGACUGCGGUCUCGCCUUCCAUCGAAUUCGGUGGCACGACAUUACCGCCGCCGACGCCCAAUUUCCAAGCUCUUGGCUCCUCCCUUGUCGGACCUUGUCGCUGGCAGCCACUGUCCCCACUACCUUAGUACCCGUCUAA